AUGGCGGAAGGAGAUCCGUCAUACAUAGACUAUGAAGCCUUCUUAGACCCGGACUUCUCGCCAUCUUCAUUCGCCAAUACAUUGGUGACAAGCACAAACAAUGCAACGGAUACCCCGUUGGAUUUGUCAACCCCAUUGUCACGGGUGCUCUUUGAUCUCCAGGAGAUUGAUACACAUAUCCAUGCAUUGACAACUAGAUCAGCACUCCCAUUGCUUUCCCACACCCAAAGCCAAACUGCUGCCGCCGACAAGAUUUUAAAGGAAUCAGGGACACAGAUUGCUUCAGUGACUCAAGGGUACGAGCGCCUCCAAAAGGAGGUUGUACAAAAAUGGGAAGCAGCGGACGAGGCCCGUAUUGCUGCUGAAAACUCGCUUGCAACUGUCCGCCUAGCAAGGGCCGUCGCACGCUGCUUAAUUUUAGGCAGACAGUUGGAGAGCCAGGUUGCUGAAAUUACAGGCCGGGGUGCGACAGGGCCAGCACCCUUAGCUGGACUGGAUGGAUCAGCAUCACUGUCCACCGGAAGAGAUGGCUUCCGCGCACUGGAACGAGCAGCGUACACGAUUUUGAGUCUGCGAGAAGUUCUCUCGGCUACGGCACCGGGCGAGGAAGGCUAUGGUCUGGAUCGGGUGAAGGUCAUUCGCACUCUACGCGGAGAAUUUGUAAUCCCCGCAGAGAACAUGGUCAAGUCGAGAGCGCAACAGACCAUCAACAGAUUCUCUUUGUCCUCGAACUCGGCAAGCACCAAUGGCCAGUCAUCCUUACAAUUUGGCUAUAAGCAAGCGCGCGAUGCCCGUGCUCGACUAGCAACCGCCGCCACAACUUUAUAUCUUCUUUCGCAUCCCCCAAAAGGCAAAACCACUGCAGCCGACUACAAGCCCGAACUCUUGUUGUCCACAUUACAAGGUUUCAUGCACACAGCGAUCAUGACCUCAUCAAAUGCCCUCGCCCGGGCUCUUACCCAACUUCCAACGAUGGACCGAACUCUCGUCGACACCUCUACGCGAUGCCAAGACAUCGUCGCCUUGGAGAACAUUCUCAAAAACCUCCGCCCACCACCACACCCUCUCUUGGUCCCCACUACCACAACCAACAAACCCGCCACUGAAGCCCAAACAGCGGCCGCAAACAAAUCUAACCUCCUGCAACCUCUUCUCCGGGCUUUAGAUACCUCAUCGCUUCCUUCCUACUACUGGCGCUCCCUCGCAUCGUCUCUGGCCCCGCGUGUCCAGGAAUUAGUCAGCCGAGGCGGUAUCUCUUCCCGCACAUUACGAUCUAACCGUGAUCGACUAAGGAUUGAGAUCAAGGAGUGUGUGCUCCGUGCAUCACAGGUGUCUGCUGCCAGCAUGCUGGCCGAGAAGGGUCGACCAGGAACCGACACGGUGGUCGUAGGAAACUGGGAGCGAGAAGCUGCCGUGAUGGUGAGCUCGGUUGUUGGUCCUUUGGGACGGUGA